CAGCGACGCGGGCGACGGCAGGUGUGUGUGCUCGACCCGCCCGGGAAGCCACGGGCGUGUCUGCGCUCGCAGGUGGCGGUGCCCCCGGCAGUCUGUUUUGCGGCACUUCGGCCAGCGCCAUGCGCGCCUGGGCGCCGCGCGGCGUCGACGCGGGGCCAGCGGCGGCGCCGCCCUCGGCCGCGGACGGCAGCGAGGAGGACGGCCCGCCCCCCGCGGCCGCGCCCGCGCGGCCGCGGGGGGCGCGCCGCGCGCUGGCCGCCUCCGCCGCCUCGCUCGGGGCCGCGGCCGCGCUGGGGGCCUGCGCCGUGGCUGCCCGCGGCGGGGCGCGAGGCGCGGCACGGGGCGCCGCGCGCGGCGGCACCGCCCUCUUCGAGGAGGAGGCAGGCCCCCUGGUGAACACCCCCGCGGGGCUGCUGCGGGGCACGCUGCGGGAGGGCGUGGCCUGCUUCCUCGGGGUGCCGUUCGGGCGGCCGCCCGUCCGGUUCGCGGCGCCCGAGCCAGCGGAACCGUGGGGCGGCGUGCGGGACACCACGAGGACGCCUCCGAGGUGCCACACGCACCACGAUAACGUGAGUUCGAGGGACACGUCCGAAGAUUGCCUGUUUUUGAACGUCUGCACGCUCGCCGACUCCCUCGUGGGCGGCGGUAAGCUUCAGCCCGUCGUGGUGCACUUCCAUGGUGGCGCAUUCAGGGCUGGGGCCUGCGGCGGGCACGGCAACGAUGUGUUCCCGAGGCUCACAGGCGGCGUGUACGUGUGCCCGUCGUACCGGCUGGGCGUCCUCGGCUUCUUCAGCACCUCUGCCGCAGCCCCGCUGGCGCUCGGCCUCCUGGACCAGCAGCUGGCCCUGAGGUGGGUGCAGCAGACCGCCAGGGCGUUCGGCGGGGACCCCGAGCGCGUCCUGAUCACCGGGCAGUCUGCCGGGGGCGCGUCCGUCGUGGGGCACCUGGUGAUGCCGUCCUCCGCCGGGCUGUUCACGAGCGCGAGCAUCAUGAGCCCGGGCGGCCACCCCGGCUGGAAGGCUGGGCCCGCAGCCGCGGGGGGGGUCGACGACUGGGUGGCCUCAGAGGACCUCCUGCGGAGCUCCGCGGAGCUCGCCCGGAGGCUCGGCUGCCGGGGCCCCGCAGACCUCGGGUGCCUCCGGGCGGUGGCCGCCGAAGAGGUGGUCGAGGCGGCCGAGGGGCAUCAGAUGCGCUUCGCGCCCUCGCUGCCAGGGAACCAGUUCCCGCUGGGGCUGAUCCGCAAGGGCAGGCGUUCGGGGGAGCAGAAUGGCGCCAGAGCCAGUGCCGACGCCCUUCCCUCGCUUCCGCCUUCUUUGGGCCUCGUGCGGCGCCCUCGUCGCUGCAACUCGAAGAAGGGCAGGUUGCACACAUAUGAACUUUAACAGCUCCGUGCGGAUUUCUGGGAUCGGCGUUGCCCCCCCCCCCUGGCAGUGCCCCUGGCGUCGCCCCUGGCGCGCUCCGCGCUCCAGGGAUGGUGGGGGGUCCAGCGCCGUCCCAAGAAAUCCGCGCGGAACUCCAACAACUGAUGUUUAUGCAAUUGUUUCUUCUUCAAACGACUGGAUCGCCCCCGAAUCCUGGGCAGUGCGCGCCUGAGGAUGAAGUCCCAGGGGGCGCAACGAAGCGACGCUGCCUUAACUUGUCAGAGGUCCGCACGGACUGAGUGGGCCGGCGACGUUUCUCCACUGCCUCCGCCAGCGUGCUCCGCGCGCUGGGGAAGGUGUGUGAGGGGAGGAGGGCUUGCCAUGGAUCGACGAAGUCCGCGGGGACCUCCGAAAGCCUGUGCUUGCGCAGUCUUGCUGGCCUCGAAGCCCAGACGCCCGACGAUAUUGCUUGUCCAGUGCGCGGGCCCAGAGGUCCUGACCUCCUCCCGGGGGGGCAGUUUUUCGUCGCGGUCCCGUGUUUGCUGGUCCUGGAUCCCGAUAUACAGCGGGCCCGAGGGGCCGAAAUCGAGGAAAUUCGCUGGGACUGAAAAAACAUAUCGUCGGACAUCCAGGCAAGGUGGAACCGUGUGCCACUUGUGGUGGGCUCUUGCAGCUGCGAGGGACUCAAAUCUCGAGGGCGAGGGCUGCUGGCCAGCUCAAACAUCAGCGAGGAGAAAUUCCGCGAGCAACUGCUCAGGCACGGCUUCGACGAGCAACGCGGGUCCGCCGUCGGCCUUGAGCUGAUUCAUCUGGCCGACGCCACCAUGUCCGCCGACCCCUUGGUGUUUUGAGACGGUGGUGGGCCCUUGCCAGGCGGAGGUCGGGGAGACGGAAAGGAGC